CAAAAAAACAACAUCCAAUCUAAUCGCGAGCCUCUCUUGCUUUUUGAUAUCGUGGAACAGGUAUAAAUAUUUUCAGAAAGGAUUUCGUUCAAUCAGUUUAGUAUUAACACGAGAAUCAAAGAGUAAAAUGGCAAAAGUUACGAUCUGCUUCACAUUAUUGGCCGUAUUGGUGAGCCUAACUUCAGCAUAUAACAAUGAAGGUGAUGAGUGUUAUGCUGAUGACCCGAAAUACUACGGAUACUAUGCUCCACAUCCAAUCUACUGCUACCGAUUCCUGCAAUGUGUACAUGGAAGAUUCGUUGGACGAACAUGCUCACCCGGCCUCUUUUGGAACCAAGAGGAUGGAGCGUGUGAUUUUCCAGCAAAUGUACACUGUGAAGGACAGACCACACAACGGUCAACGACCACCACCACGGCUGCGACAACAACGGGCACAACCACAACAACUACGUACUAUCCCACAACCGAAUACGAAACAACAUAUCCAGAGAGCUACGAUGUGUAAAGGGCUAAGUGCUAUGUAAUAAAAUUAUUUAUUAAAUCGCAAUAAACGUUUUAGUUGACUGGUGCAAU